UUAAAGGCACGAUGUUUUGGGCAUACAUCAUCUCGAUUUUGCUUUGCAUCUUGUAAAAUUCCAAGUUGACGGGUUUUCUUCAGAGAUAUUUAAUUUUGAAAUUAUUUAUUUAAUUUCUUUACUUAUUUUUAGAGAGUUUAUACACUGGCAUGUUUAGUACGCAUUUGGAGAUUCAAGUAUGAGAUUGCUCUUCUCUUCCUUCUUAAAAAAUGGGAAUCGCUUUCGGACAGUUGUAUCACCUUUUCUUUUUCGUAAAGCCGCACACUCUUCCAUUGCCCAUGACAUUGGCCAUAUCCCUUUAGGUAAAAACGAAAGCCUCAUCUUUUUGGAUAACUUAGUAAACACUCCCACGUUUCUUAAUAUUCAACGAUAUGCUGCAUUUUUAUUCCAGAAGAAUCUACGUAACCAAAUUCAACGUGCAUUUCCGUCUUCGCCCUCUUUUCAUCUAGAAGACGUUAUUUUUCGCUGGCAAGAUGGAGGUGCUUUCUUAAAGGUUCGUUAUGCAGAGACUGAUGAGGAUACCGAAAAAAUGUAUGCUAUAAUUCGUGAUGCAUUUAAAGAACGCCCUGUCACAUCGCUCUUACAUCCUUUCUCUAGACCUACUCCACAUAUUGUUUAUGGACGACCUUGGUUACAGGAUUUGUACGCCUUUCCUGCUCGAACAAUCGAACUGAACUUUGAGGGUCCCAGCUUAUCACAGGAAAAGCUUUACAGUAUUUUCCGAAAAUACGGAAAAUUGCGUUCUGUGGAAGUUGUAUCUCCAGAGGGUGCUAUCCUGAAGUUUACCUCGUUGAGAGCCGCUACUUCAGCUUUAAAUUGUAUGCAUGGGUUCCGAAUGAACGAUACGAAGUUUCAUAUGCGAUACCGACACACCAAUCGAUUUUUAUCCAUAAAAGACUGGUUGGUUUCUCACCCGCGAUUUGCAAUUCCAUUAAUUGCUGCUUUGAUAACAGUCAUUACUGCUUCCUUAUUCGACCCAAUGCGGAGAUUUUUUGUUGAGACAAAUAUUGUACAUGGACAAACACUUCGUAACAUAAAACUUUUCAGUUGGAUAAAAAAAACCCGUGACAUCGUUUUUAAACCCUUCCAAGAUUCCGAUUUAGAAAUAACUCCUAUAUGGACUACAAGAGAAAAGGAUUGUCAGAAGCUAGAAGAGUGGCUAGACGAGGCACUGCAUUCGUUCAUCGUGGUCCAAGGUCCUCGAGGAAGUGGUAAGCGUGACCUCGUAGAUCGAGCGGUUGGAAAUCGAAAACAUGUUUUAGUAUUUGAUUGCGAUAGAUUAUUUUCCGGUGCGAAUGAGGGAAUGUUUGUGAGUUCCUUGGCAAGUCAGACAGGAUAUUUUCCGUUAUUUAGUUUCUUGAAUAAUUUAUCUUCUAUGAUUGAUAUGGCAGCUCAGGGUCUUAUCGGCCAAAAAACAGGAAUUGUUUCGUCAGCAGAAGGUCAGGUUCGACAGAUCCUCAGCACUACGCAAACCGUGCUUCGUAAGUUGGCUUUAGACGAACAUAAAGAUUCCGAACAUAGUAAUGUUCUUGAUGAAUCAGAAUACUUAGAGGUUCAUGCAGAUAAAUUGCCGGUAGUUGUCCUUGAUAACUUUCAACUACGAAAGUUAAACAACCCGAUGCAACACAUGGUUGCUGAAUGGGCUGGAAAUUUAGUCAAAGAGGGAGUUGUGCAUGUUCUAAUGUUGACACCAGAUGUAGGAGGUACUAAAACUUUAGAGCAGUAUGUUGGCGGGUGGGAAAACCGUACUUUACUGUUAGGCGAUGCUGAUCCCUUACUUGCUCAACGUUAUGUUUUGGAUUCAAUACCGAAAGAAAUACGAACAGAAAGGCUUGAGAAAGAGCUUAAGAAACAACUACCUAAAAUUGGUGGUCGACUUCGUGACCUAGAUUAUGUUGCUAGACGCUUGAGGGUGAACAAUUCAAGCGUGUCUGAUGCGAUUGGUGGAAUCAUUAGUCAAAACACUUCAGACAUUCUUCAGAGUUUCUUAAGAUCUAAUUCAUUAUCUUUCGGUGACGAUAAGAAACCGCUAUAUACUUCGGAACAAGCGUGGAUUUUAAUAACUUUAUUGUCGCAGCACGAACACAUUCCUUAUCAUAAAUUGAUGCUUGAUCCUUUAUUGAAGGGUCAUGAUGAUGCAGUUCGUGCUUUGGAAGAAGAUGAAUUAAUUACGAUCACAAGUGUGAAUGCCAGACCUGACAAGGUAUUUGCCGGUAAGCCCGUGUAUGUUACGGCGUUUCAACAGCUAGUAAAUGACUCUAUCUUACGAGCAGCUAUGAGUCAAGCUAGAUGCAAUGCCAUUAUUCGCCUUUGCAACUCAGCUAUUCGGACUGAUGAAGAAGAAUUGCAGCUAUUGAAGGGCCUUGGUAACUUCGAAUCUGGCAUGAAAGAAAGAGCUCGUUACCUUUUAGCUCGGAUUAAGAAGAAUCAGGGUGUGAUAGAGGAGAAUGAAAAACUCGGCGAAAGAUUUACGGCUGAGCUCAAUUCUAAUGAGUAAAUUAUAACGAGAAAAUUAUAUGCAAAUUAAAGAAUAGAAUCAUUAUUUAUAGUUGUAGUUGAUACGAAAAAUGAUAAUGAGGAAUAUAGUUAAUAACUAUCACUAUCUGAAGAACAUGGA